UGACGUCACGCAGGGAGCCUGCAAGGAGCGUUGCAUCUUCUCCGUCUCCAACAACGACUGCUGCUGCUUGACUUCGAAUGUUGGCUCUAGUUUUAUUUUUAGCUCCGGCGGAAGAAUACAGCGCGGCGGGGGGAAGAGAGCUGCCAAGGAGCUGGACGAGAGCUCGGACUGGACUCAGGGAUGCGAAUUUGCCGCAGGCCCUGUCAUCGUGAAAUCGGACACCGACGUGCGGCGGAUGGGGUGACCGAGGGCGCUGCUCCACCGGGGAGGUCCCUGCCUUCGGACAUUGCCGGGGUGGGAGCUGCCUGCACCCGGUUCUAGAGGGGGGAGGAGGCAGGAGGGAAGAUGCGGACGGAGGAGGAGAGGGCCGCCGCAGAAGAGCCCAUUUUGGAGGAAGGGUCAGGACGAGAGCAGCAACGGCCGGUCCAGCAGUCUCUGGCCUCGUCCCUGUGCCGGGAGUCCCACUGGAAGUGUCUCCUUCUGACCCUCCUCAUGUACGGCUGCUUCGCCACGCUCACCUGGUGUGCCCUGUGCCGCGUGCCCGUGCUCAGCUCCUUGCCUGUGCGCGUGGCCACCGGCGACAAUGCCACCUCAGCGGCCUACUACAAUGACGUGCAGCGUUUAGAGAGUCCAUGCUCCAGCGGAUACCUCUACAUCCCGUUGGCUUUCCUGGCCAUGCUCUACGUGGUCUACCUGGUAGAGUGCUGGCACUGCUUCUCCAAGACAGCCAUGUUGGCUCACGCUGAGUUCCAGGAAGUGUAUGAGCGCGUGCAGAGACUCCAGCAGGCCACGCCCUGCAUUUGGUGGAAGGCCAUCAGCUACCAUUAUGUGAGGAGGACCAGGCAGGUGACAAGAUACCGCAACGGCGAUGCAUACACAACCACACAAGUCUACCACGAGCGCGUCAACACUCACGCCUCCAGCUCAGAGUUUGACUAUGCCCGUUAUGGUGUCAAAGACGUGUCCAAGGAGCUGCUGGACCUCCAGCUGCACUCUGCAGUUCGCCUCCGCUUCACCAAGUGCUUCAGCUUCUCCAGUGCGCGUGCUGAAGCAGCCUAUCUCACCCAGCGAGCUCGCUUUUUCGGUGAGAACGAGGGCCUAGACGACUACAUGGAGGCCAGGGAGGGAAUGCACCUGAAGAACGUGGAUUUCCGUGAACACAUCCUGGCAUUUCCGGACCCUGCUCACCAGCCGUGGUUUUCAAGGCACAGAGUCUUCUGGCUGGCCUCCGCUUUCCUCCUAUCAUGGCCGCUGAGGGUGGUGUCCGAGUACCGCACGGCCUACGUGCACUACCACGUGGAGAAGCUGUUUGGCGAAGACGAGGAUCUCAGCGGGGGAAGCGGGCCGGGAGGGGGCGGAAGGGGUGGCGGAGGAGAAGGAGGGACUGAGAACGGGAUCCAUCCAGGAGGAAUUGGAAUGGGUCUAAACGGGUCGAGCUACAGAGCCAUCUCGCGGGUCAACACAGUGGACAUGACAGAACUGGAGUGGCACAUACGCUGCAACCAGCAGAUGGUUCCCAGCUACUCCGAGGCUCUCCUCAUGGACUUGGACAGUAGCAGUGGGACAAACCCCACAGCUUCUACGCCCAUCUCUGGGCCCCCGGGCACCACCCCCAACCUGGAGGGUAGCCGGCCCCCUUUAGCCCUGCCCAUGGUGUUCAACUCCACUUACCUCCUCCAGAGCUGCCCUAGAUGCCGGCGGACCACAUCCAGCUCCAGCCUGCCCUCCCGCCUGAGGGCGCCCAUGGGAACCACCGCUCUGCUUAAUGCCACCGUGGCAGGCUUGAGGGCGGCUGGGCACAGCGGAGGAGGGAUCGGAGGCAGGCUUGUGCUCAGUCGAAGCGGAUUCUCAUUGGGGAGGCUGGGUGGGGGGAGGCAGAACAGUCUGUUUCAUUCACGCAGCAUGGGGGGAGGGCUGGGAGGAAGUCGAGAGGACGGAGCAGGAAGUGGAGGAGGUGGAGGAGGAUUCAUGGGCUUAGGGUCCAGACAGGACAAUGAGGAGACCCGAGGUGUGCUGGAGGGAGAGGGGGAUGAGGAAGAGGAGCAGGACGUGACGUUUGAGGAGGACAGGAGACGGGAGGAUGCGGGGAGAGACAGGGAUGAAGAGGCCGAGCAGGAAGGAGGAGGAGGAGGAGAGAGGAGGCAGGGCGAGAGGGAUCGUCCACCAUCUUACCAGGAUGCCUUCUUCUUUCCUGUUCUCAUCAUACAUGGAGAUGAGAGCUGCCAUGCUGGAGACCGCCUGUGACCGUCCCAACUAUGACAGGAGACAAAAGACGACAUAGGUCGACGAAGGUCAGGAUGGAUGGACAAGAAAAACAUAUCUAUGCAAGAGCAGGAACAGGAGCAGGAGCAGGAGGAGAACCGUAUACAAGGACAAUUUGAGGCUAUGCGGACAAAAGUACUGGGACAUGUACAGUCAAGGUCUUCCACACCAAACUCAUCCAAGCAUGCCUUUACGAACCUCCUUUGUGUGCUGCUGGAACAAACAGUUCCUCCUAAGUUGGAAGCACAGAUUCAUUAACUUAUUUAGGAGGAGGUGUCACCUGAGGCGUUUGUUCACAUGUGAACGCUCUUCUAGGAGGAGGGGGUAAACAUUCCCAAAGAGCAAUUGGAUCAGCAGCUGACCACGAGCCAUCGUGGUGCCAACAAAGGAAGAGGAACAUCGAUUUGUUUGCUGUCUCCUCCAUGCUGACGCGCUCCUCUCCUCGCUAUUAGUGAUGCACUCAUGCUCUCAUCGUUAUUACUCAUGCCGACCUGAAAAACAACAAUAUAAAAGACCUCUUCAUCCACAUUUAUUCAUAAACAGGUGAUUACUUGCAUUCUCUCAGUGACUAAUGAAACUUUUCUCACCAGAAAGUACAAUUUGAUCCAAAUUCAGAUUGUUGGGCCACUUCCAUUCAUUAAUAUUUCCAAUAAGAGAGAUUAUGCACUUGCUUUUGUGCAAAACAAAACAAAAACCCUCAGGUGCUGAUGAGGACGUCAAUAACUGCCCCUCCUCUUCCUCAGUGUCGGUCAGCGAUGCUCUUUUAAACAUCAGCCUGAUAUUUAAAAUGCACAACAAACAUGGCUCAGUAGAGCCGCUAAUAGCGGCGAAGCAAACAUGGCCGCCGCUGGAGUCAUUCAUGAUUCAUCAACUUAAAUUUAGACUCUCACAAGAGUCCAGGCUGGACUCUCUAGCCUACUUCCUAAAUUUCGAGGAGGAAAUCCACUGAGGGAGCAGCAGAAGGCACAACAACAAUAACAACAGCAACACUUUCCGAAGCACACCUUGGAUAAACACUUCCCAGCCUUCCUUCCUCGCACCUCAUAACAUCACACAGCUCCUUAAAAUGAUGAAAGCCUGGUUCUCCCUCUGCUCCACAUGUAUAUAAAGCACACACACACACACACACACACACUAGGACAGAUGAUGGACACAAGCUGCAUAGAAAGACUCAUACUGGAUCCAUGCAGGCUUGAAGGGAGUUCAAUAAUAAAUCACAUGGACAGAGACACCUACAAGAGAGGACAUUUAAAGACAUUUUUGUACUGCUGUUAAUCAUGACUAAGAUAGUCUUCAUCCAUGUCCCAUAUUAACAAAAAACAAGCACUAAAACGCACUGAACACACGCCUGUGUAAGUUUAUGUUAUGCUUUGCUGAGAUUGUAAUGAUGGGAAGCUCUUAUAUGGCAAUUGUGUGCAUAGGCUGUAGCCACUUCAAAUGCUUUACAUGGAGAUGCGAGCUACAAAACAUGCAACAUUUCAGCGCGUCAUGUGCGGCUUUUCUAUUUAUUUGCAGUAUCGAGCGAUGUUUAAAUGCCUUUUGUGUGCGUCGCAAAUGUUCUCGUGUGUUUCGCGGGUGUGACACUCAAAGUACAAAGAUACACAAAGUGCACACACGCAGCGACCAAAAGCGUGGAAAUGUCCUCACUGCGUUGCCUUCGUGUCUGUCCACGCUUGUAUCUCAGGAUUUUAAGUUGAAAUCUCUUUGCGACAUCUGCUUCCAUUGUUUACACGCCACAGCCAAGUGUACACACUUUCACGCGCAUGAUGAGCGUCAUCUGAAACACACAUGAACAAAACCACAAAUAUUCGUUGACGUGCACUAGCUGAAUGAAUGAGGAACUGUUUGGCCGCCAGAUGGCAGCAAAGCACUUCGGAGGCCAAGCCCACAGUGACUCAGAUAGGGUAGAAAGCACCCAAAAAUUCCUGCUCAGAAGUGGUGACAAAUGAACCAGGUAGCUGAUAAACAAGAAAACCACGUGACAUCACUGCAGCUUGACCAUGACUUAGUAGAAGUACUGUAAUCAUGCGCCUGAGUGUGUUGCCGGGCGACUUUCCGAAUGAACAGGCAAUAAUAACAAGUGAAGACAAUUACCAUCCAUUAAGUAUAAAUAAAUAAAUAAAUAUUUUGCGUUAUUUAUUUGCUCAAAACAAGCUACCUUGUCUUUCAGUUUAAAAAAAAAUACCAACUACAGCUGAAGUAUUGUUUAAAAAAAAGUGACAUGAGUUCCAGCUGUGUUGUAUUUAUUUUUUCUACUCUUGAAUGAGACUGUCCACUGUGGAUGCCACCAUGUGACCAAUGCCAGGUCAACUCAUUCUUUCUAAAGCGAUGCACAAAACUAGCAAAAAUGUAAAUGUAGAUGUGCAAAACAUGGAAGGACAAACCGUGUUCUUACAUGACCAGAGAGUGACAGCAAUAUCGAAGUGCUAAGAUGCAGGGUCGCCAUGGCAACAAGAGUCUUCAGCGUCACCUCAUCUUUACAGUCUGAAUACAUUUUGUCGUCAUCAGUGACACUUGACAGUAAUAUGCCACUAAAGUAUUUAAGCAGAUACCGAGACUGUCAGUUGGCACAGCUUGUUGGAAAGCAGCGGAGGUGGUGACGUGACACUGUUCACUGACGAUGAUGACGAUGACAGUUAUCAUGGAGAAUGCAAAUAAAGUCAAUCGGCUUUGUAAACCAGCCUUGGGUGUUGAUACUAAUCAUUUUACUCAUUUAGUUAUAUCAUAUAUAAGUUUAUUCCGACCUGAACGUAUCAACUGCAGUGUAAUUCCAACAGCGGUGUGAAAAAGUGUUUACCCCCUUCCUGAUUUCUUAUUUUUUUGCAUGUUUGUCACACUUAAAUGUUUCAGAUCAAACAAAUUUAAAUAUUAGUCAGUGACAACACAACUGAACACAAAAUGCAGUUUUUAAAUGAAAGUUUUUAUUAAGGGAGGGAAAAAAAUCCAAACCUACAUGGCCCUGUGUGAAAUAGUGAUUGCCCCCUAAACUUAAUAACUGGUUGGGUCACCCUUAGCAGCAACAACUGCAAUCAAGCAUUUUUAAUAACUUGUAAUGAGUCUCUUACAGCGCUGUGGAGGAAUGUUGGCCCACUCAUCUUUGCAGAAUUGUUGUCAUUCAGCCACAUUGGAGGGUUUUCCAGCAUGAAGCGCCUUUUUAAGGUCAUACUACAGCAUCUCAAUAGGAUUCAGGUCAGGACUUUGACUAGGCCACUCCAAAGUCUUCAUUUUGUUUUUCUUCAGCCAUUCAGAGGUGGACUUGCUGGUGUGUUUUGGAUCAUUGUCCUGCUGCAGAACCCAAGUUGGUUUCAACUUGAGGUCACGAACAGAUGACCGGACAUUCUCCUUCAGGAGUUUUUGGUAGACAACAGAAUUAAUUCAUGGUUCCAUUUAUCACAGCAAGUCUUCCAGGUCCUGAAGCAGCAAAACAGCCCCAGACCAUCACACUACCACCACCAUAUUUUACUGUUGGUAUGAUGUUCUUUUUCUGAAAUGCUGUGUUAUUUUUACACACAAUGUAAUGGGACACACACCUUCCAAAACGUUCAAGUUUUGUCUCGUCAGACCACAGAGUAUUUUCCCAAAGGUUUUGGGGAUCAUCAAGAUGUUUUCUGGCAAAAUUUAGACAGGCCUUAAUGUUCUUUUUGUUCAGCAGUAGUUUUAGGUCUUGGAACUCUGCCAUACAGGUCGUUUUUACCCAGUGUCUUUCUUAUGGUGGAGUCAUGAACACUGACCUCAACUAAGGCAAGUGAGGCAUGCAGUUCUCUGGAUGAUGUUGUGGGGUCUUUCAUGACCUCUUGGAUGAGUUGUCGCCGCGCUCUUGGGGUAACUUUGGUUGGCCGGCCACUCCUGGGAAGGUUCACCAUUGUUCCAUGUUAUCACCAUUUGUGGAUAAUGGCUCUCACUGUGGUUCGCUGGAGUCCCAAAGCUUUAGAAAUGGCUUUAUAACCUUUUCCAGACUGAUACAUCCCAAUUAAUCACAGUUAAGUUAAGUUUUCACGGGGGGGCAAUCACAUUCUCACACAGGGCCAUGUCGGUUUGAAUUUUUUUUGCCCCCUUUAAUAAAAAAAGUCUCAUUCAAAACCUGCAUUUUGUGUUCAGUUGUGAUGUCAUUGACUAAUAGUUACAUUUGUUUGAGGAUCUGAAACAUUUAAGUGUGACAAACAUGCAAAAAAAUAAGAAAUCACGAAGGGGGCAAACACUUUUUCACACCACUGUAUAUGUAUCUCGUGUAUGUGUGGUCAAAAUAAACAGAAAGACAAAGAAAAACAGUGGAUUUUCUCAUCACUCACGUGAGUAACUCUUACUGUGGAAGUACAAUCUGCUGCAUAUAUGUAUGCUCGGAAACAGGGGCGCCGCAAAGGUGGGAAAAGGUGGGCCCAUGACUGACAGGGGCCUCAGAAAAUAGGUAAAUCAUUUUGCUAUCUGGUUGUGAUUUUUUAAAAUAUAGUCCGAAAACGAUUAAAACAAUCUGUUGUAAUUGGUAGUAACAGUUAAAGGGAUAGUUCGGAUUUUUUGUAUGACAUCCCCAUCAGCAGUGAACUACAGCAACAGUGACAUACCCCCCCCCCAACUGGUCCUGUGAGUCCAGUUCGGAGAUCCGUGACGAGGAAAACCCCUGCGCACUCUUUGCCUGUGCAUUUUCUUAUUAGCAGGUUCAGGCCUGCUGGUGCCAUCAAACAGGUGAAAAGCAGCCCUAAAAUGUAAUACAUAUAAAUAACUGCAAAACAAAAAGCCAACUUGUAUUUCCUUCACUAAUAAUAUUGUUCACAAACAACCUGCAUUAACCUGCUGACUUGAAACAGUUCAUGUUAGAAGUCUCUGGAAACAGAGUUCCGAAACCUGGCUGUUCUUGGGAUGUAGGAAGAAAGGUGACACUGGGUGUUGGAACUUCAGAGUUGCAGUUGUGUAAAGCUCUUGUUGUUCAGGUAAGGUUCCAGAGAUACGGUGACAACAGCUUUUGCAUUUGCCUUGAUUUAAAUUUUCAUUUCAUUUCAUUGAGAACUGUUAAUACAUACAAAUACAUCUAAUUGCGUCCUGUCUUUUAACUUUCUGUUUGUACAAUACAGUAAUUGAUGAUUAAUCAUGAUUAGUUAA